CGAAAUUUAAGCAUUUACCCCUUUUUCUUGCAACCCUAUAAUUAUAAGAGCUUUUCUUAUUUUUGUUUUGUGCAAUCCCACUUGCUGUUGUCCUAGGAAUAUUAAGCGCAAUAUACUGGCAUCCCUGUCGAAUGGAAAUACUCUAAAUUUGGCCUGAAGUUAAAAGUUUGUGUAUGGAAUAUGAUAAAAGACCAGUGGUUUCCUAAACGUUCACGGUCCAUGGCUGCAUUGCAAUAUUUUAAACACUUGUGUGACCUGCUUUUCAAUAUUAACACCUAGUUUUGAUUUUAACUCGUUUCUAUCAGUUCAAUACGGUGCAAUGUUCAAUACUGUAAAGACUACAAAAGAAAGCAAAAUAAUAAAUGUAUUGCACAUGAAGAACUGUUGUACAUGUUUUGGGCAUCUAUGCGUACAGUGAAAUUACAUUACAUUGCAGAGCAAAUAUUAUAUUAUAUCUUAAUUUUAAUUGUUCAGUUAUUUUGAUGUUGCUAUUUAACUAAGUUCACAAAACUGCAUUUUACAGUGUAAUCGUCCCUGCAUUUAUACUGUAUUUGUCUGACAGAAUAUUUAUUAACGUGAAGUAUAUGAUAUUGCAAUUCAUGCCAAAAAUGCAGUUUUUCUUGGUUUCAAAAACCUAAUAUUUUGAAAUUAAUUUUGUCCUCAGAUUCUUGUGUGCUUACAUGCCAAAAUUGUUUCAUUUUCCUGUUCAUUUCUAAUAUGAUACCUUCACUCAGUAAAUGCAAAAGUAUUAAUUGAUAAACAGUGUGUUUAUAAAGUCCUGUUGCAACCCAGAUUUGUUAUGAUGUCAGUUCUUAAUAUUUCUUGGCCAAAUUUUGUUUUAUUUUAAUCAGUGAUUAAUUAAUUUUUCCACUUCGUUUAAUAGGCUUUCUUUAUAUUGUUCAAUUUUAUCAGAAAUAUUCAAAUCAUUUGUUCGAUCCUAUAUGACUAAAUGAAGUGGCAGACAUGACCCUGUGGUCCCCAAGCUUUUUUUAAAAAUAUCACUCUAUCGAUUUUGGAAUUUUUUAUUUCUUCCUCACUAUGUUACACUAAUUGUCCAAUCUUUAAUGGAUUCUUUGCUAGUGUUACGCAUAAGUAAUGAGGCAUGAAAAAAAAUCAUAAAUAACCAUACACUUGUUGCUGAGUAUUUUUGAUGUUUUUUGCAAACCCUCGUCAUUUGCAGCUUUAAUAUUGUUUCGUUUUAUUUAUCUAUUCGUAUAAAUUUAAGCAUUUUUGACCAAACCUAGAUGAAAAUCUGAUUCUGUCUCGCAGACACAGUGCCAUCCAUUUCUCAGUGAAUUUACAUUAUGUAACAGCGAACAUAUUACGUUAAAAUACUCAAAUACUCAAAAUACCAAGGGUGUAAUAUAAAAAAUCGGGUAGGAAAUGCAGAACAAGAAAUAUUUGUGUCCUUCCAGACUAUACUUCCCUACCUAGCCCUGCUCAGUGCAACAAUAUACGUUGUAUAAAACAAUACGUUGUAUAAAAAAUAGUACAGGAAAAAUAUUUUAAAGCCAUUAUGUUUUUAAAGUUCGAAUACAGAACAUUUUCAUAUUUUAUUCUUUAUAUUUAAUCCAGUUAAUAACUAUGGCUGGUCUUGAAUUGGUAACUGAUGAAGGGUAUAGAAUUGAUGGCAGAUUACCAACAGAACUACGCCGGAUUCGUUGUCGUCUUGGAGUGUUUUCACAAGCCGACGGUUCGUCCUAUUUAGAGCAAGGGAACACUAAGAUAUUAGCUGCAGUCUAUGGACCACAUGAACCAUCAUCUAAUAUGAGAGGACAGAUUCUCAGUGACAAAGCAUUUCUGAACUGUGAAUACAGUCAAGCAACAUUCAGUACUGCUGAGAGAAAACAUCGUUCUCGUGGGGACAGAAAAGGCCAGGAGCUGUCUAUGCACAUUAAGCAGACUUUUGAAGCUGCUAUUUUAACUGAAUUAUAUCCCAGAUCCCAGAUAGAUAUUUACCUGCAAGUCCUACAUUCUGAUGGAAGUAAUUAUUGUGUCUGUGUGAAUGCUGCUACGUUGGCUUUGAUAGAUGCGGGAAUCGCAUUGAAGGAUUUUGUUUGUGCAUGUUCUGUGAGUGUCCAUAAAAGUAUUGCAUUGAAAGAUAUAAAUCGAGUUGAAGAAAAUUCGAAUUGUCCGGAACUGAUGGCUGCUAUGUUACCUAAGCUUGAUCAGAUAAUCUAUGUUGAACAAAAUGGAAGGCUGCAUGCAGAUGAGAUGAGCAAAGCAUUGGAAACUGUUUCAUCAGGAUGUCAAGAUAUUUUCAUCCUAUUAGAUACUGCAGUGCAGGACCAUGUCAGAGAUUUAACUACUAAUAUUGGGGGCGAUGUCUGAAGGCUCAACUUAGAAAUGAGUCAUGGAAGAAAGCAGUAGAGUCCUAUGUCUGCUAGUGUGGGGAUGCAAUAAGAGGUUUUGAUAUGUGGGAACUGGUCCAUAAGGACUCGUGAAAGCAUUUAAACUAAUAAGCACAUAAACUUAAUAUCUUGGAAUGAGUUCAUAGACCUAAAGAUGUGAAGAAAUUUUCAAUCGUUCUACUUCGCCUUAUGAUGAUGAGCUAGAUUGUACCAUGAAAUAAAUUCCAGUUAACAAAUAA